AUGGCCGACCACGGUGGUGACGGCAACAUCAAGGUCGUCGUACGAUGUCGUCCCCUCAACUCUCGCGAACUCGCCCGAGGCGCGAAACCCCUCAUCCGCAUGUCAGGCAACCAAACCUUCCUCGACCCACCCGAGGCAGGCUCCCAACAAGACAAAUCGCGCGCGACGGAGCGCAAGACGAUGCCGUUCAGCUUCGACAAGUCGUAUUGGAGUGCGGGGCCGAGGGACGAGCCGGGGUAUUGUUCGCAGCAGACGUUGUUCGAUGAUCUCGGGAAGGAGCUGUUGGACCAUGGGUUUGCGGGGUUUAAUACGAGCAUCAUGGCCUAUGGGCAGACUGGUUCUGGGAAGUCAUACAGUAUGAUGGGAUAUGGAGCCGACAAGGGUAUCAUCCCUCUGACCUGUGGCGAGCUUUUCGCGCGCGUAGAAGCUAAGAAGGCGGCGGACCCGAACACCGACUUCACCGUAGAGGUGUCCUACAUCGAAAUCUACAACGAAAAAGUCCGCGACCUCCUGAACCCAAAGAACACAGGCAACCUCCGAGUCCGUGAACAUCCCUCCCUCGGUCCCUAUGUCGAAGAUUUGUCGAAACUUGCUGUGAACAGCUUCGAGGAGAUGAUGACGCUCAUGGACGAGGGAAACAAGGCGCGUACGGUAGCGGCGACGAACAUGAACGAGACUUCGUCGCGUUCGCAUGCCGUGUUCACGCUCAUAUUGACCGCGAAGCGACAUGAUGUGGAUACGAAUCUGGACACGGAGAAGGUUUCGCGGAUUAAUUUGAUCGACUUGGCAGGGUCAGAACGUGCAAACUCGACGGGCGCGACAGGCCAGCGCCUGAAGGAGGGCGCGAACAUCAACAAGUCGCUCACCACGCUCGGGAAGGUCAUUUCCGCACUCGCAUCUGCGUCCGGCGGCGACGGGAAGAAGAAAGGGAAGAAGGCGGAGGACUUCAUCCCAUACCGUGACUCCGUACUCACAUGGCUCCUGAAAGACUCGCUCGGCGGAAACUCGAAGACGGCGAUGAUCGCGGCUAUCGCUCCUGCGGACUACGAGGAGACGCUGAGCACACUCCGGUACGCCGACCAGGCGAAGAAGAUCAGGAAUAAGGCCGUGGUGAACGAAGACCCGAACGCGAAGCUGGUGAGAGAGUUGAAGGAGGAAUUGGAGAUGUUGCGCGCUCGCGUCUCCGGUGGUAUAAGUGAAGACGUCUAUGACCCGAAGAUUCCGCCCGAGAAGCAGAAAGUGACUUACCAGACAAAGGAGGGCAAGAUCAAGACGGUGACAAAGGCGGAACUGCAAGACCAGUUGGAGACGAGCGAGAAGCUGAUGCAGAGUCUGAACGAGACGUGGGAGGAGAAGCUGGACAGGACGCAGGAGGUGCACAAGGAGCGGGAGAAGGCGCUCGAGGAGCUCGGGAUCACCGUCGAGAAGAAUAAUGUGGGGGUCCAUACGCCGAAGAAGAUGCCGCAUUUGGUGAACCUGAACGAAGAUCCGCUCAUGAGCGAAUGUCUCAUCUACCAGCUCAAACCGGGGAAGACGACGGUUGGUCGAAUGGACAGCGACAAGGCGGCGCAUAUCCGACUCAGCGGCGAGAACAUCCUGGAGGAGCACUGCCACUUUGAGAACAAUGACGGGAAGGUGACGCUCCAUGCUCUCGGUGACGGCGCAACAUUCCUGAAUGGCAGACAGAUUGCGCCGGAUCAGCCGUGCAAGCUACGCUCUGGCUUCCGUAUCAUUCUAGGUGACAAUCAUGUCUUCCGGUUCAACAACCCAGAGGAAGUCCGCAAACAGAGAAAGCGAGCGACGAUGAAGUCUAACCUACAGACGAGCAUGACAGCAGCCGAUCUAGAGGCCAUGCAGGCAGCUGAGACUGGCUCCGCCGCAACGCGACCGCAUUCGCCUACCGCGUCCUCCGCCGAUGCGGCGGAAGACGUCGAUUGGACUUACGCCAAGCGAGAAGCCUAUCUGACCAGUCUCGGAAUCGACCCGACGCUGAACAGCUUGCCGGACGAGGACCUGAACAAGCUGUAUGAGCGGAUAACGAUGGUGAAGACGCUGAGGGACCACAAUUCGAAACCAAGGCCGGAGAGCAGUCUCAGCCAGGCGGAUGACAUAUGGAGCGAGUCGGGACGGAACCCGUUCGCGAGCGACGCGCUGACGGAUGAUACGAGCGUCGAUGCGAUGCAAAGUCAGGGCAGUCCGGAUAUGGACGGUUUGAAGGACGUGCAGAAUCAUUUGGAGACACAGAGACAGGAGUUCGAGUCCCGGUUGCAGGCGAUCUCGGAGUCGACGGAGGCGGAGGAUUUGAAAGAGGAGAAGGAUAAUAUGCAGCAUCAGUUAAAAUUGGUGCAGAUGCAGAUGAGGAGGUUGCUGGACGCGAGGGCCAGGGGGGAGACGGAGUUGGAUGUGGAGGAGUUUGAGCCGGUGAUCUAUACGGCGAGACAGUUGAGGCUGCUCAGGAAGGUGUUGGAUAAGUGGAGGGCUCAUCGGUCGUUUUCUAUGGCGGAAGUCGUGCUUUCAAACGCGGUGCUCAUGAAGGAGGCGAAUGUGAUCAGCAAGGAGCUUGGAAAGGACGUGUCAUACAACUUCAUGGUUGCUUCGGGUGGUACGCUCGCAGCUCCGACAUCUUCUGUCAACACCAUUGCAGGCUUGGACGACAUCGGUGAUGUGGCCGAUCCUGUUCUUGCUUCCGCCACACAGCCUACUGUCGCGUGCAAGGUCCUUGACAAGCGCCACAAUGCCAUCUACGUCUGGUCUCUGGACCGCCUGAACCACCAGGUUCAGCGCAUGCGCAACCUUACGACCUUCAUCGACCGACCGUCGUAUUCUCAGCACUUCUCGGCAGAGGAGCCCUUCUAUAAUUCGCCUUCUUCAGAGUUUUCGUUCAUCGGAAACGCUAUCAUCUCACUCGCCCCCCUUUCUCGCCGACUCUCGUCAACCUCCACUGUUCCCAUCUUCUGUCGCUACACGGCCGAGGCCAUAGGCUCAUGCCGUAUCGAUAUCAAAUUAGUCAACGUCGUUCUCUCGUCUAAGCACUCCAACACGGGUUCAACGGCAUCGACACGCGCAUCUUCCCCCGUACCCGGAACGCUACCACCAGGUAGCAAGCUCAGCUUCUUCGUCACCGUCGAUUCCGUCAAGGGUCUUUCUUCGCAUGACUUCUCUGCCGUACACCUCCAAGUCCGCCUGUCAUCGUUCGUAGGGUCGAACCUGAAGUCCGAAGAGAUUUUCCAUUCGACGGCUAUCGACUUGGAAUCCUCGACGCCUUCCGACCUCAAGUUCAGACGCAGCUUCUCCAUCGUGGCGACGACCAAGGUUCUCACACAUAUGCGGUCCGAAUAUGCACCCAUCGAGUUUUUUGCUUCAUUACGGCCGCAAUAUAUUGAGCGCAUGGAGCGGUGGGACGAGAUGCGAGAACAGAAGGCUUACUUCCCCUCCAAAUCCUCUCCUCCCUCUCCAGAGCCCGCUUCUGUCGCUGAGAAUGGCUUGUUGACGGCAGAGCCAAAUUCGGUCCCACAGCCGACGAUGCGGCGGUCGGAGACAGACUUCGUCAUGGAGCAGUCCCACGAUGUCGUCGCGUGGCUGCAGAUAAAGGAGCUCGGUCCAGAAGGUCAGUAUGUCCCGGUACCGGUCAUGUCACAGGGCAACCUCGACCCCGGUGCAUUCAGCCUGCACCAGGGUCUGCAGCGGAGGCUCGUCCUCACUGUUACGUCCAACUCGGGCCGUCAGUUGCCUUGGACAGACAUGGUGAAGAUACGAGUCGGUAAUGUUCGACUACUCGAUUCGAAAGGACGGGUACACGAAUCUUCUUCGAAGCCACUGGUCACUCUGCCGCUGCAGCAGGAACAGACGGUCGAUUUCAUGCCCGAUGGGACCGGUCUUUUAUCUGCGGAAGCGCUGUGGGACUCCAGCGUCCACAACUCACUUCUCCUCAAUCGGGUCACGCAGUCCUCUCAGCGCGUCCUCCUGCAGAUCACCUGGUCAAUAGCGGUAGAGAGUUGCGCCGAUUCAGUCCAGUUCUCUAUGGAUAUGGCCACGACUAUGCAGACGCGGGACGCGAGGCCUCCUUCGAAGCUGUUGAAUAUGCUCACUUCCACGAGGAUCCUCACCAAGACGAGCAACGUCUUUCACGUACGGCUCUCCCCGCCUCUCACACGUUCGCCGAAAGAUCUAUGGCGGCUCGAUACGUCAGAGAAAUACGUCCGAGGCGAAGAGGCACUAGGGACUUGGAAACCUCGCGGUAUCUCCAUCGUAGAAGACCAUACCAGGCUGACUACUAUGGAGCGACGGGCAGCCGACGUACAGGCCAUUCGCGUCAUUUUGUCGAACUCGCCUAAUGGUGCACAGACGAAUUCACAGUCUGGGGCGUCCAUAUGGGGAUCAGAGGAGCUGGUGAAGAAAUCUUUGGAACUUUGGCAGAAGCGAUUUGGUCAUCGGGGAGAGAUCGUCCUCAGUCAAGAUCCUGCGGACGGAGAUGAAGAGGCCACGCUGGUCAAGAAAAAGGAGAAGUUUGACACACCGCCGUUGCAGCUGAUGGCCAGCACAAAACUGGUGCCUCGAACUGACGUUCCCACAAAGAAAGGCCACCUCAUGAUCCUACUUGAUGCUAGCCAGGAUCUGUGGGAGAGGCGGUGGUUUGUUCUCCGACGUCCUUACCUACAUGUCUACGCUCAUUCAAAUGAGCUCGAGGAGCUCAGCGUAAUCAGCUUAGACGGGGUCAAUAUCGAAAGUAAUCCCGAGAUGGAAUUCCUCUUGGGCAAACAAUUCACCUUCACGCUCUUCACAUCGUCUAAUUCCUAUGCACUCGCUGCCCCCAGUCUGAAGGAAUUGCAAUCAUGGACAUCGAAGCUUGACCCUACUCGUCUCCCGUCUUGA